AAAUCUUACAAACUAUCAGCAUUCUUAUAAUUUCCUUCCUGCUUAAAUAUGUAUGUAGAGUCUUCCUUUACAACCUACUGUCCGUUCCAGCUUUUAAUCUGAUUUAACGUGCAAAAAGUUAACGUGAAAACAUAAAGUAAAAUAUAUAAAAAAUCAUUAGGAAUCGGCAACGAUAUGAAAAAUGAUUAAUUUAAGGCUCAAAAUAGCCAACGAAUGCUAUAACAAAAAAAAAGAAUAAUAACAACCAAAAACAGUAACAACUCCAACCAUAAAAAAAAAAACCACCAACAGUUGCAGUGGAAGCACGCGUAAAAGUAGCAGAAGCAUUAACAGCAAACAAUAACAACACCAACCAGCAACACGCCGUCGUCAUCACAGCUGCAGUGGUCGUGGUAGCAGGCGCAUACUCUGCACCUGAAGCUUGGAAAAACUGUUGAAUACGAGGCCAAUGACGUCGCCAACUGCACAUAAAAUCAAUUUAAAGUGAACACGUACAUACUACACACCAAGUUAAACUUAAAGGCGAGGCACUGACAACAGCUGGUGCAGGUGUAGUCGCAAACUAGACCAGUAGGCAUACAAGUGCAAAGGCAGAGCAGACACAGAGUAGAAGCAGCCGGCGCUAUAAAAAGCUUAGGCGUGAUAGACUAAGCAGAGAUAAUUGUGGAAGCAACAGCAGUGAUAGUAAUCAUAAAAAUAACAACGCGAAAAUAGCUAAAAGCAGUUAGUCUCUUGCUGUGGGACGUUUUACCACCUCUGGCUAUUGAUUGUUUUGGAUCGCUGGCUGGGAUAUUGCAACUAACGAGUCAAACGAAAAAGAAAUAACAAUAAAGUAACAACAACAAAGCGUCUAAAGCAAAAGAAGAGGCGGAAUAUCAAAAGAAACAAACCGCCAAACAACAGCGACAGCUACAGCAGCCGGAUUGCAAUCUAAAAGACCACUCAACAGCCAGCACUGACGACGACGACGACGACCACAAUGAAGCCAUCGGAUUUGCUGCAAUUAACGGAAAGGAUAAAAUUUAAAAUUCCUUUGCCGCCCGGUGUAAGCACAACAACGCUGAUACCGAAGCUUAUACGAACGAAGGAUGUGAAGCAGCUGCAGGACGGCAGCGCGCAGCCGACUAAACCGAAAUUAACGAAAUGCCUUAACACAUUGGAUCUGACAUCGCUGGGUGUUGGUUCGUGUUGUGGCACUGGUAUGUACCUGGUUGCGGGUAUGGUGGCGAAAAAUCUCGCUGGACCCGGUGUGAUAAUUAGUUUUAUCAUAGCUGCGAUAGCCAGCAUUUUCUCAGGCGCUUGCUAUGCGGAAUUUGGCGUGCGCGUGCCACACACUUCCGGUUCAGCUUAUAUGUACUCUUACGUAGCGGUGGGGGAGUUUGUAGCGUUUAUUAUUGGCUGGAAUAUGAUACUGGAAUAUUUAAUAGGAACAAGUGCCUGUGCGUGUGCUUUAAGUUCUAGUUUCGACUCAUUAACCGGUGGUGCAAUAGCGAAUGCAAUCGGUGAUACAAUUGGCACCAUAUUUGGUAAGCCACCCGAUUUUAUAGCAUUCGGCAUAGCGUUGAUUAUGACCUGUAUAUUGGCGUUGGGUGCGAGUAAAUCGGUGAUAUUUAAUCAUACUUUGAACGCCAUAAACCUGGCGACAUGGGUAUUUGUUAUGGCAGCCGGUUUAUUUUAUGUUGAUUCCAGUACUUGGACAGAACAUCAAGGUUUCCUGCCAUACGGUUGGAGUGGUGUAUUCUCUGGUGCAGCGACCUGCUUUUAUGCCUUCAUUGGAUUCGAUAUAAUAGCCACCACUGGCGAGGAGGCGCACAAUCCGCAAAAGAGCAUACCGAAAGCCAUAGUCGGCUCACUAGUGAUUGUUUUGAUGGCGUAUGUGAGCGUUAGUUUAGUUUUAACACUUGUAGUGCCCUAUGACCACAUCAACGCGGGCGCGGCGUUGGUACAAAUGUGGUCUUACGUGGGUGCACCCAAGUGUCGCGCCAUUGUCGCCGUGGGCGCCACUGCUGGACUCUCGGUAGCAAUGUUCGGCUCUAUGUUCCCAAUGCCACGCGUGAUUUAUGCCAUGGCGCAAGACGGACUCAUAUUCCGACCACUCUCGCAAUUGUGGCAACGUACCAACGUGCCCGGUCUUGCAACCAUUGGCAGUGGUAUUGCAGCCGCACUGGUUGCGCUAACAGUGCGGCUGGAAAUUCUCGUCGAAAUGAUGUCCAUCGGCACACUACUCGCCUACACGCUGGUCUCCACUUGUGUGCUCGUCUUGCGCUAUCAGCCACACAGCACAUCGCUGGUUGAGUUGCUGCCCGCGCAGCUGCGCACGCCGCUUGCGCCUGGCACGGCUACAGAUCCGAGCGCCACAACCGCUGAGGUGUUGCCGUCGAAUAAAUUAACAAUAAAACGUGUGACGCGUGGCAUGUCCGAUUCGGAUGAUUCGUUUAUAGAUGAGAGUCCUGAAGGUUACUUGGGACGUGAUGACCAAUUUCUUGUUUCUGAUCGUUCGGAGAAUAAAUUCUAUGGCAGCGUACAUGGCGCACCAACUGGUCCGACCGGACAGGCGACCGCCUUCGACACAAUGGGCUUGAACUUCGUAUCACGUAAAAUACAUGAUUAUGCAUACCUGUGUCCCGGCUUCUUUCCAUGGAUCAAUACGGGGCAGGCCACGGCGGAAAGUGGCAUGUAUGUCACGAAACUUGUUGGAAUCAUGUUCGGUCUCAUAUUCUUCUUGGAUCUGUUUGCGGCCAUUGGCUGGUCCGGUGGCCUCGCCGCAUUCAUUUAUUUCAUUUUGUUCAUUGGCAUAUUUGUGAUACUAUUAAUUAUAUCAAGACAACCACAAAAUAGAUAUGCGCUCGCAUUCCUAACGCCGGGACUUCCAUUUAUACCAGCAAUCGCCAUUACAGUUAAUAUUUAUUUAAUAUUUAAAUUAAGCAUACUCACAUUAGUUAGAUUCACUAUCUGGAUGACAUUGGGCUUCAUCAUGUACUUCUACUACGGCAUCACGCACAGUACACUCGAGCAGACGACGGAUGAUAUGGAACUGCAUGUCGAUAAGGAUUACAGUAAAAAUGUUGAAGAGAAAGCUGUUUGGGAUCAACCAACGUAUAUGAAUCAAAGCAAUGAGCCAGUGUGGGCCACAAAGGAUACAUGCACUAAGCAUACAGCAACAACAAAACGUUCCAACACAACAAAUUAUUCCAAAGCAACUGAAAGCAAUUCCACAAAUCAACAACAACAAAGAAAUUCCACUAGUACAAGAAAUACAACAGCGAAUUCCACAACAACAAGUGAUGGCAAAUUUACCAUGUUCAUCGAUGAAACGCAAUUCCCAACGUGGGAUGAUUAAAAGUGGCAGGAAAAAGUGAAAACCAAACGUAUUUAAUUAGUACUAUUCCAGAAAAAUGAAAAACAUAAAGAAACAAAAAAAGUAAAACCAAAACUAAGUUAAUAAUUUAACAAGGAAAGCGGCACUUAACAAUGUACCAUACACGCGUAUAGAGAAAAUAUAGACAAAAUAUAAAUAGUUAAAAUAAAAAUAUUAAAAAUUGACUUAUUGUUAUGAGUAAAAUUUAAGUGUAGCAUUUUUUUUUAAAUAGUAUAUUAAACAAAAAUACGCAUUUUAUGUUUUAAAUUGAUAAAAUAGAUUUUUGUGAUUCCUUAUAUACAUACAUAAGUUCAUGGCGAAGGAACUGUUAGAAUAUGUACAUAGCGUGCAAGUGAUUUGCAAAACUUCAAAAAAAAAAAAAAA